AUGUCGAUGACACUUGGAGUUUCUAUGGAAUCUGACAGCACUCAUGAAAUCAUUCCACAACUGCGCCAAGAGGCGGAAAGUCUGGAUCGGAAAAUCGGCAACUUAAAAGUCCAGCUGGCCCAACUCGAAGCAAGGCGCGAAACUAUCCGGGUCCAACUUUCCACGGUGGUCUACAAUGUGAACGCCCUCCCUCCUGAAGUGCUUGGCCACGUAUUCGUGACAUCAGCAGCGUUAACCGAACACAAGGAGGUCAACUUGCUGCUGUUGAGCAUUACUUCGGUGUGUCGCCGCUGGCGCAAUGUUGCCAUCGCCGACCCGACUGUCUGGCAACGCCUAUGUUAUGUUCCCGGAAAUCGUGGUGAAGAUGACCGCCUUUUCGACUGUUUCGUAGAACGCAGCCGAGGGCUUCCAAUUAGCAUCACUGUGGACGAUCACAACCGUCUCAUGCUGCCACCCGCCCUUCUUAAGUCGUGUGCACAAUGGAAAGACGCCAAUAUCAUAUUCCCUGGAGGUGCCGCAGUCGACUUUUCGAUUCUUGACACGACACUGUCCCUCCCGCACCUCGAAACGUUGACGAUCUUCCUCUGGAUAAAAAGUGGCCAUGGGCACCAUCAGUGUGCAUUCUCUGAGGCGCCGCGGCUCCGCACAUUAUCUGUCGGCUUUACGCACCUUCUCCAUCAGCUUGGAUUCCCACUGCAACAGCUAGUCAAGCUUACCAUUUUGUACCACAGCCUUCCCCACGACAUUCUUGCUCUGCUCCCUCAGCUUAGCACGCUCGAGGAGCUAUCACUCGGGUCCAUCGCCCACGUCGACUAUCAUGGCACCGUGGGCGAGAUAUUUCACUUGAAAUCCUUGACGGCUUUGUCGCUCCUCGGGGAGGGCAGCACCCUCAUCCUGCCCCAUGUCCGCCUGCCCCGUCUCGUCAAACUCCAUCUCUCCUGUCUCGACUCUUUCGACGUAACUCUGCUCGCCCGCCCCGGACUCCUGCGCUCCUUUACCAACUUGAGCGCCCUGGAAAUAACCUUACGGGGUCCCCAGCGCGACCACAACUCGGACGUCUCACUGUCCGGCCUCUGCAAGCUGCACUCUCUGGACAUCGAUUUGCCGGUUCAGCAUCUGACGGUAACCCUCGCCGAUAUGCCCACCACGACCAAAACGGAGGUUAUCGCUGCAUUUUCCCGCCCCGAAUUUCUCCCCAAUCUCGAGUGUCUGACGCUCAUCGUCCCCAUGUCCGUUACCUCGCAAACCGUCCGCCCAUUUGUGGCCGGUAUUAGCAGACGCGCGGCCGACGCUGUCUCCCGCGAAACCCAGCACGCAAUGAAGCUCAGAAGGUUGAUUGUCGAAUCUGAGAAACCGCCAAAUGCUAUUAGUGGCGAGGAUAUGCUUGCAUUAAGUGCUCUACAGCACAGAUUACUAGUAGGGUAA